UUUCAUCUCCAAGGUUGUUAGUUGGAGCUUGAUGAAGUCCGGUGUAUUCAAAGUUAAUAAAGCGGUCGCAAUAUCGUUGAUCAUAAUUUUUUUAAAAUGUCGACUUGUGAGUCUCAGAAAACAGAAGCGUCUAAAGACAAUGUUUCGACUAAUUCUGUCGAUGAAGGUUUGCCUAGAGAAUUAAGCCAGCUGAGCCUUUCUAGUGCAUCAAAUCCAGAUGAAUUCCAUUGUAAUAAAGGACAUUCCGAAACGACAAUGAAAAAUAUUUAUGGAUACUAUCAGUCACAAAAGCUUUGUGAUGUUGCGUUAAUAGCUGGGGGUUGCAGGAUACCAGCACACAAAGUUGUGUUAGCUUCUUGCAGUGAGUACUUUGCAGCCAUGUUUACAGGCUCCCUAAGAGAGGCUCAGUCAUCAGAAAUAACUCUAGAACGAGUUGAUUCACAAGCACUUAGAUCACUUGUUCAUUAUUGCUAUACAGGCAUUAUAGAGUUAAGUGAGGAAACAGUAGAGAUCCUCCUGUCAACAGCAAGCUUACUCCAAUUACAUUCAGUUACAAAGGCUUGUUGUGAUUUCCUUGAAAAGCAGCUGGAUCCUUGCAACUGUUUAGGGAUUGCUUUCUUUGCUGAACAACAAUCUUGUAUGGGAUUGCACAAAAGUGCUUUGGAGUAUACAUACCAACAUUUCAUGCAGGUUGUUAAGCACCAAGAGUUCCUUAGCUUGCAAUCUGAACAACUAUCUAAUUUACUAAAGUCAGAUGAUCUCAAUGUAGUAACAGAAGAAAAUGUUUUUGAAAGCCUCAUGGCUUGGGUACAACAUGACCAUGAAAAUAGACAAGGCCAUCUACCAACACUAUUAAAGUUAAUAAAAUUGCCUCUUCUGUCAUCAGAGUAUUUGAUUGAUAAAGUUGAACAUGCAUGUGGUGAAGUACCCGAAUGCCAACCACUAAUAAUGGAGGCCGUUAAGUGGCAUUUAUUGCCAGAGAGACGUUCAAUGCUAUUCUCUCAUCGAACAAGACCCCGGACAUCGACCAUUGGAAGACUUCUUGCUAUAGGUGGAAUGGACGGCUACAAGGGUGCAAGUAACAUGGAGAUGUAUGACCCAAGGACGAAUUCUUGGACACCGUUUAUGAGAAUGGGAGCUCGACGGCUGCAGUUUGGUGUAGCAGUGAUGCAAAACAAACUCGUUGUUGUCGGAGGAAGAGAUGGACUUAAAACUCUUAAUACGGUGGAGUGCUUCGACCUGACGUCACUGAGCUGGAGUACGUUAGCACCGAUGAACACGCAUCGCCACGGACUGGGUGUCGCCGUGCUCGGGGACGGACCCAACUGCCCCAUCUACGCCGUAGGGGGACACGACGGAUGGAUUUACCUUAAUUCUGUGGAGAGGUGGGACGCGUGCUCGCGCUCGUGGACCAUCGUGUGCCCGAUGGCGGGCGCGCGCAGCACGUGCGGCGUGGCGGCGCUACGCGGGCGCCUCUACGCCGUGGGGGGGCGCGACGGCGGCGCCUGUCUGCGCUCCGUCGAAUGCUACGACCCAGCCACCAACCACUGGACCAACUGCGCGCCCAUGACGCGUCGGCGCGGCGGCGUCAGCGUGUGCGCGGCGGGCGGUUUUCUGUACGCGCUGGGCGGGCACGAGGCGCCGGCCAAUACGGUGGGAGGGCGGCUGGCCUGCGUGGAGCGCUACGACCCCGUCACGGACACGUGGAUCCUGCUGGCGCGACUGUCCUACGGCCGGGACGCCAUCGGCUCAUGUCUGCUGGGCGACAGGAUCGUCGCCGUCGGCGGGUACGACGGCGUGCAGUACCUGUGCGUGGUGGAGGUGUACGACGCGGAGGCCAACUGCUGGCGCAAGCUGGCCCCGCUGAGCACGGGGCGCGCGGGCGCCGCCGUCGUGGCCGUGCCGCCGCCCCGCAACCUGUUCUGAUACUCGCACCACCAGCUGGUCGUCUACGUCGUCGGCUGAGCCGCCAGGUGAGGCGAGCCGGGCUCGCUCGCGUCCAUACGUGUCAGUGCUCGUUUUGUUCUACAAUUUUCUAUAGAAAACUUUUUAAAUGUACAUCUCCGUUUUUCAGUCGUUGAUCACUUGACGUAUCGAUUAUCGGUCAUUUUCAUACAUUUUUCAAUAAUAUAAAAAUAAAUUCGUCAAUCGGUUGUCAGGUCCGCUGGUUAACAUUCGCCCGUUCGAAAGCGAGGACGUAUUCUAUAAUUAAUUUGAGAAUGUAUAUCUAGUUCCUAGUAUUUUGGUAACUAAAAUAACAUCGUAAAAUGUUUUGAAAUAAGAAGUUGAGAUAUUUUGUGUCUGCUAUAUUCGAUUGGGAAAUUGUUAAUCACGCUCCUGAACCACUGACGUACCCCUGAAGGGUAUAACUCUAUAUAUUCUACUAGAAAAUAUAUUUUAAGGUGUUCAUUACAUGUAAAAACUGCACGACUGCAUUUAGAUGUAUUUUAUUACUCUAAUAUCUACUCUAUUGUAUAGAUAAAGUAAACCUCAGUAAUUCAACAGAGAUCUUACAAAGCAUUUUCAGCUUAUUAAAUUUUUUGUACUACAGAAUAUCGCACUCAGUCUGAAACUCUUUGAAGAUAAUUACCUACCUUGUAAACCUUUAAAGUAUCUAGAAAACUGUGACGACAUGUCGAACACGUGACGAUGUAACAAGUUUUAAAAUGUUCAUGUUUAUAAAUAUUCUCUGUAAAUACCCUUGCUUUGCUGAUAUCAGAUAUUUAGGGGAGAAGGGCCGAUUUACCUAAAGGUCUACUGUAUGGGUAAGAAUAGAGAUUGAAAUCUGGAGAGUGAAUAGUUUUAUAUUUUCGUGAAAUGUAUAAUUAAUCGUCAUUACUCUCGAGUAUAGAUUUAAGUUAUUUUUCUGCACAUUUUACACGUGAACGCGUCGGUAACGCGCCAGAUCUUCACAUCAUUGUAAUUUCUAUUACGGAUGGUCUUUUUUGACGUUUUUCUAGUAUUAGACAGAUAAAAAAUUGAAAUUUAUUCAUUGCAAAUGAGUAUUUUUCUAUGCAUUUGAAUUUCCUGGACGUUAGAAGGUACAACAGACACCGAGACGUUUUCUUAGAAACUUGCACAAUUUAAUAAUUUACUUAAACCAAUAGAAAUUUAUUCUUCCAUUUAAGUGCUUUCAUAUACCUGUUAUAAAAGUUAAUUUGAAAACUUAAUAAUUGUAAUAUUGCAUAUAGGGUUCCGAAGUAUUAACUCUCAACAAUUAUUUAUAUUUUAAUUGAAGUAUGGUUACUUAAUAAUAACAAUGAAUAAAUUAAAUUACACGUUAAAUAUUAAAUAAAUAAUAUUGCAAGCAAAACAUUAUGUUUUACAGGAUAUUUAUUACUUCCGCGUUGACCUAGUUUGUAGUAAGUAGGCUUACUAAUAAAAUGAUCAAUAUUUGAGUUCAAUUUCUGUACGGAUCGAUUAAAUGUUAUUGUUUUUUUUCUCUCAAUAAAUUCUCUGUAAAAUCCCAGAAUUUAGAAAUUAGACAUCACAUAACUGGCUGUCGUGAUCUAUAUAUAUACAAUUAUACAUAUAUAUAGAAUUUGAAAAAUACAAAAAGGUAACGUAUAAAGGAACGGCUUCUCGUUCCCGCCAUACCGCACGCCCCGCUGUGACAAAUGAUUACUACACCGCAAACAAUUUGCACCAUUUAUCCAGCUGCCGGAUACUCGCCGUUCCGACUGACGGCCAUUCCGGAUGUUCACUAUUCGACUAAACUUCCUUCCCUUAGAAUCAAAUUAAUUCUAAUUACAUUUAUGAUAUAGAAAAUUGUGUUUAUACUAUAAACAAAUUGUUACAUUGAAUUGUGUACAUUAUCGUAACACUAUUAGAUGUUACGGGUUCCUUUUAAUUUGUUAUUUUUUACU